AUGCAAAUUCGAAAUGUUCCAUCAAACUUCAAUAUCAAAUCCCAAUUUCAAAAUCUUUUUGAUAAUUUCUUGCUUUGCAUGACCAAAGGUCCAAAGCACAGUAAAAUCAAGAUUCGUUUGCAUCACAAUUCACAAAUAACAUUGUUGGGCUAUAAUCUGAUCGAACCCACCUUCUUUAUCUUUUGGAGCUCUAAAUCAGAGAAAGGAGAGCAGUUCAAGUUUGAAGAACCACAGUCGCCUGAAUCACUGGCCACAAGAGAUUUCUCUGCAAGUGGCCUUUCUUCAAUAACUGGAAAUUUGGACUGGGAAUCCAAACUUGAAGAUGCUCAAGUGGAUGAAGCUGAAUCCACAUUGAAAGAGGCACUUUCCUUGAAUUAUGAGGAAGCUAGAGCAUUGCUGGGGAGGCUUGAAUACCAGAGGGGUAAUUUUGAUGCUGCCCUUCAAGUGUUUCAAGGGAUUGACAUUAGGACUUUAUCGUCAAGGAUGUCGAGUGCUAUUGCUGAGAGAACUCAAUCACGAAAGCGUUCCAAAGGGGAAAAUGUACUUGCGGCUGGGAUGUCACUGCACUCAGUGAGUCUACUUCUCGAAGCAAUUCUACUUAAAGCGAAAUCAUUGGAGGAGCUUGGCCGAGUCAAAGAGGCAGCAAGGGAGUGUAAAAUGAUUUUGGAUAUAGUUGAAUCAGCUUUUCCUUAUGGUAUACGAGAGAGUAUUAAUGAAGACUUGAAGUUGCUUGAGAUGUUUCACAAAGCGCUCGAGUUGCUUCCCAAGCUAUGGAUACAAUCCGGCUUUCUAGACGAAGCUAUUACUGCCUACCGUAGGGCUCUAGUCAAGCCAUGGUAUAUGGACGCCCAAAGAUUGGCUAAAGUACAGAAGGACUUGGCUACCCUGCUUCUCUAUGGAGGUGUUGAAGCUAGCCUUCCUUCUCAAUUUAAAGCAUGGGGACUGGCAUUUCCAACAAACAAUAUGGAGGAAUCAAUCCUUUUGCUGUUUAUCCUCGCGCAGAAGAUCCUAUAUGGUGAAAUAGAGUGGGAUCCAGAAGUUACGGACCAUUUGACUUUUGCACUCACAAUCUCUGGGCAAUUCGAAUCUUUGGCAGAUCACGUAGAGCAAAUUCUUCCCGGUAUAUAUAAUCGUGCUGAGAGGUGGUACUUUCUUGCACUUUGCUACUGUGCUGCAGGAGCAAAAUUAUGUGCUGAAGAUCCAAAGCAAGCUCGUCAAGGAAUGGAUUUUGCACGGAAAGUGAUUGAUGUUUCAAUAAACCAAAAUGAACACUUAUUAGGCCAAGCUCACGAGUUUCUUGGAGUCUGCUAUGGAAAUGCAGCAAGGAUGUCCAUUUCGGAUUCCAAGAGAAUUUCAUUUCAUAGUGAAUCAUUGAACUGGUUAAACCAUGCUUCUUCUAUUGACACAAAGGAUCCAGAGAUCAAGUUUAACCUUGCGUUAGAAAAUGCCAUUCAAAGGAACUUGGCUCCGGCCUUCGAUAACACAAUGCUGUAUUCAGACAUGAUGGCCGCAAGUUCAGAAAGAGGUUGGAAACUACUGGCUCUAAUCUUAUCUGCUGAGCAGAGAUUGAAAGAUGCUGAAGCCAUUGUUGAUCUUGCCUUAGAUGAAAGUGGAAGUAUUCACCAACUGGAACUUCUUAGGUUGAAAGCUGUCCUUCAGAUAGCUCAAAAACAGCCGAAGCAAGCCCUAGAGACCUAUCGGAUACUGCUAAUCUUGAUUCAAGCACAAAGAGAACGUUGUGAAAAGAACACAAAUUAUGAGGCACUAGCAGAAAGAAAAUUGGAAGUAGAAGCGUGGUUAGAUUUGGCAGGACUUUAUUCCGACCUGAAAUCAUGGCACGAUGCAGCCAUUUGUAUAGACAAAGCCAAGUUAACUGAAAUGUACUCCCAUCGUUGUUGGCACACAACAGCAAAACUUUUCGAAGUUCAAUCACAGUACAAGGAAGCAGUCAUUGCUUUAUCAGUUUCAUUGUCAAUAGAACCAGAUUACGUCCCAAGUAUUGUUUCAAGUGCUGAAGUAUUGUUAAAAAUGGGCAACCAGUCGGUCCCUGCAGCAAGAAGUUUAUUGAUGAAUGCACUGCGUUUAGAACCCACAAACCACGAUGCAUGGUUCAACCUCGGAUUGAUUUAUAAGAAGGAAGGUUCGAUCCAGCAAGCAGCAGACUGUUUGCAAGCUGCUCAUGAGCUCAAACUUUCUGCUCCAGUUCAAAGCUUCAAAUGA